AUGCAAAUUGUGGGGUUACUCCCGGCUGUAGGAAGAAGUCGACCCGGGGGCGCCUGGGCCCCCACGACUUGGCACGGCCGUCCUCGGCCCACGUCACGCAAAUCGACGUCGGAGCCCUUCGCUGUGCGGCUUGUCCAGCCAAAUAUCUACGGCGUUUACAAAUACCUAAUUGAAUCACGAAGAGUGGAGCUGAAGCAACAGGAAAAGAAACUCAAGGGUGGCCGCAAGGCUGUGGUGUAUGAGCUUCGGCCCGAUUUGAAAAGCUUUGAGACUAUUGAUCUAGCGAAGCUACGGCUUGCUAUCCCCAAACUACUCGAGAGAAGCUCUGCGACUUCUCUGUUGCACUAUGUUGUCAAAGACAACCAAGUGUUCAGAAAAUCCCACGGUCCUUUUCCAGCUUUUUCAUAUUUUGCCGAUAUGAUUCUUCAUCAAUUAGCAGCCACCGUCAAACUACCUGACAUUGAAUUUCUAUUGAAUGUGGGCGACUGGCCUCUUGUGGCGAAGUCGUGGGGUGAGGGGAGAGUUCCGGUCUUUUCGUGGUGCGGCUCCACCGACUCGUUUGACAUGGUCCUUCCUCAGUGGGACGUUUCACGCUCUACAGUCUUGGGUAAUGCUGAGUCAAACCCAGAUCUUCUGGCCUCUCAGGGCUGGAGCCUGCGUGCAUGGGAAUCUAAAGACCCCCGAGCGGCAUUUCGGGGGCGUGAUAGCAAUCCCGUUCGCGUGAAGCUGGCACAGUUGUCUGUACUCCAUCCAAGUCUUCUGGACGUAGCUAUCACCAGCUGGGAGAACGACGAGAAUUUUGAAGCUGAAGAACAGCUCGGAGGAGGCAGCAAGAAGUUUAUCAAGCUCUCCGAGUUCUCUAAGUACAAAUACAUUCUUGAGCUUGACGGCACAGUAGCUGCCUACAGAAAUCCUUACCUGCUUGCCAGUGGAAGUUUGCUGCUGAAACAGGACAGCAUAUAUUACGAGUGGUAUCAAAGGGAGCUUUCCCCGUGGCAACAUUUCGUACCAUUCGACGGCUCCGGCGAAGACUUGCUUUCGAAGCUGCAGUGGGCAAAAGAGCAUGAUGAGGAGGCAAGACGAAUAGCAACCAACGCUCAACAAUACGCAAGGGCCAAUCUCCUGCCAGAGCGCGUCUUGUGCUUUUACUAUAAAGCGCUAGAGAGCUAUGCAUCGAGACAAAUAGGAAUCCCUACUGUUAAGGAGGACAUGAUAUGGGUCCCCCCCUCCCAGCUGCCAAAAUACAAUACAUGCGGGUCGCCGGACCCUCUGUCACGGUUGGGUGACUAUCCAGUAGUGCCUCUUUACCCGACCUCAGUAGAGACAUUUCUGUCCAAGGCAGACAAAGACACAGUCGUUGUUGUCCACUCGGCGUUCUGCAAUAAAAGCGCACGCAUUUUGCCUGAACUUUUGGUCAUGGCGCGAAUGUACAAAGCUGCUGGUGCUGAUCUGGUCUUCGCAUCUGCCGAAACGUUUACGGCACAGUAUCCAGUCAAGUGGAUCCAAGCCACCAACGGGCCAAAACUUUUCUUCUUAAAAGCAGGAUCCAGCACUCCGGAACAACUUGAUGGACAGCUCACUGUACGGGCAGCCGUAUCGUUUAUCAACUCAAAACUUCCAAAUGCGGGACACCAUAUUACUGCUCCUGCCGAAAGUGAACAAAUUGUUUCGGAUCCCAUUCCAGAGAAGAGCAAUGGACCAGUGAAACAGAUUGUCGCCAAUACGUUCGACAAGCUCGUGUUGGGUUCGGACAAGGACGUGCUUCUAAUGGUGUCAGCCCCAUGGUGUGGCUACUGCAAAAAGAUAAGGCCAGCGUUUUUCCGCUUUGCCCGAGCAGCUGCCGCGAGCCCGCCAGCAGCCGCAGUGCUGGACGUUGCAAAGAUGAAUGGCCCAACAAAUGAAAUUAGACACCCGGGUUUCAGUGUUACUCACUACCCAACAAUUUGGUUUGUCCGCAAGGGGGAAACCCAGCCCGUAGUCUUCUCUGGUAGGCCCACAGAGGAGGGCUUCUUAGCGUUUGUAAAGAAACAUGCCACAAAACCUGCUGAGUUGGAAGGGAUUGUCGUAACGCCAAAGGCUUCCAGUGGUUCAAGGCCUUCGAUGAAGGACCUCCUAAACCAGACUGGUUCCCCCAUCCUCAGCAUCGAUUCCGACAGCUUCUACACCGACCUGCUCGACAGUGACAAGGUACUGCUGGCACCCUAG